AUGGGUGAGCGGGCGAAGGAAUGGCUCCUCGCAGCCGCAGCCGGCGCCGCCGUCGGCGCGCUCUCUGCCGCCGCUGUCAUGAAUCAUCUCUCGAGAUCCAAGCGGAGAGAGGGGCACGUGCGGAACCUGCUGGAAUCCAAUGGAAUGACGGCUGGGAACACUCGGUCCAACAGGCAUCUGGGCGCUGUUGGUAGCUCGGAUCUUCUCUCUGAUGAAGUGGUCUCUGAACAGCUUACAAGGAAUAUACAAUUUUUUGGCAUGGACUCUCAGAAGAAAGUAACUGAAUCCUAUGUUGUGGUCAUUGGUCUUGGAGGGGUUGGCAGUCAUGCAGCUUCAAUGCUCCUGAGAUCUGGUGUUGGCAGGUUGCUUCUUGUGGAUUUUGAUCAGGUAUCACUCUCAUCACUAAACCGGCAUGCUGUGGCAACCAGAGAUGAUGUUGGAACUUCAAAAGCAUUAUGCCUCAAGAAGCAUUUUUCAAUGAUAUACCCAGAGUGCCAAAUAGAUGCAAAAGUGCAAUUGUAUGAUGCAUCGUCUGAGGCGGAAAUUCUUUCUGGACAGCCUGACUUUGUUCUUGAUUGCAUAGAUAACAUUGAUACCAAGGUGGCACUCCUUGCAGCUUGCAUGCGCAGAGGUUUGAAGGUACUUUCUGCAAUGGGGGCUGGAGCUCGAGCUGAUCCCACCAGAAUUCGUGUUGCAGAUUUGAGAGAAUCAAGCAAUGACCCCUCUCUCGAUCGGUUAGUGAGGUACAGGCUCAAGAAAGAACAUGGAAUUGAGGGUGGAAUACCAGUAGUUUUUUCAUUGGAAAAGCCAAAGGCAAAGCUGCUUCCUUUUCAAGCUUCAAAAGAAGAGGAAACUCCAUCAGAUUACCAGAUUGUGCCAGGAUUUAGGGUUCGCAUUAUACCAGUACUGGGAACCAUCCCUGCAAUAUUUGGUCAAGUUAUGGCCUCCUAUGUGAUUACUCAGCUUGCUGGAUUAGAUUUUCAAACUGAACCAGUUGUUAACCUGGAUUUGGAUCAUUACCGUAUACUUCAUCAGCGUCUUAUUGAGCAUGAGGAGCUGAUGUAUGGGACAGCCGAGCAAGUUCUGGUAGAUGCUGAAGAGGUAAUGUACGUUGUCAAAGAAUUGUGGCGUGGUCGAAGUGCUAGAGACCAAAGUCAGAAGGACACUGGCCGGAAAAUGUGGAGAUCUGUCAAUGAACUAAUGCUUGUUCGGUGGGACAAAUCAAAGGCUGCUGGCAUCUCAAACUUAAUACUUCUCAAGUUUAGUGAGGCUGACGCACAUGAAUCCACCACACUCGAUCGAAUAAAAGAAGAAGAACCUGAAUUCUACUCUAUGGUUUCACGUGUCCUGAAACGAGCUGAGAUGGAGUUUGCCUUAUGA